AUGGGUGUGCAGUACCUCUUCGAUACACUAAUUUUCUUUCAAGAGGCAGAACUAAGACUGGUGAAAUUCUUACCUGAGAUUUUGGCCCUGCAAAGGGAUCUAGUGAAACAAUUCCAGAAUGUUCCAGAAGAUGAAUACUGUUCCAUCAGGAGUUUUAUUAGCAGUCACAGUUCAGAGGGGCUGAGGCAGCUMUUCCACAACAGGAUCACCAUCUUCCUGUCCACAUGGAAUGCAUUGAGGUGGUCACUGGAGACCAAUGGUGAAAUCAAGUUACCUAAAGACUACUGCAGCUCUGACCUGGAUCUGGACACAGAUUUUGAGGUCAUCCUACCCCGGCGUCGGGGCCUGGGUCUAUGCUCAACUGCGUUAGUCAGCUACUUGAUUAACCUUCACAAUGAAAUCAUCCACAUGGUGGAGAAGUUCUCCAAGGAAAACAACAGCUAUUCCGUGGAUGCCUCAGAGGUCACUGACCUGCAUGUUAUCAGUUACGAAGUGGAACGAGACCUGAUUCCACUGAUUAUCUCCAACUGCCAGUAUCAAGUGGAGCAAGGUGGGGAGACAUUGCAGGAGUUUGACCUGGAGAAGAUCCAGCGGCAGAUUAGCAGCCGCUUCCUCCAGGGAAAGCCCCGGCUCACCCUCAAGGGAAUACCCAUGCUGGUAUACAGACAUGAUUGGAACUUUGAACAUCUCUUUAUGGACAUCAAGAACAAAAUGGCACAG